AUGGAUUUGUUCAAUUUCAGAUCUAGUAUCCCGGCCAAGCGGGAAGUCAACUCCUCCAAUGAGACUGCAGAUCAUCGACCCGUCGUUCACGGUCGUCUCCACAUGCCAGGGGGACGAUCUGAGCAGAAUAGGGAUCUAAAAUGGACCCGGACCAGAAAGUCAAACCGGUUAGCUCGUCUGAAAUUUGCGGGCAGGGAGGGACUCCUGACAGCGGACGUGAGAGAAAAUCAAUUGGAGCAAAGGAUGCGAGAUCCACAAUCUAAUUACAGGGAUGGCAAGAGUAGGAGGAAGCAGGAGCCAGUCAGGCUGAAUGAGGAAAGACCACGACCAGCAGCGGCGACUCCACCAGAAUUCCACUUACCUGCGGCACACCAGUCCCUUCUGAAUGUCCACAGAAAGUCUUCCCCUCACAUUUGGCCCGGGUGGAUGAACCAUCAUUGGAAAUACCCUCAGCAAGCAUUGAACUGCCGUGGUGGCUUGUUCCCUAUGGAAACUCUUUACUAUGGUAAUAUUAGCCCGAUCACGAUAUACUUACUGUAUGCAACCCUUGCAUGUGCAUCACCACCAUCGCCAUGUUGGAGAUGUCCUGCAUGA